GCAAACCCUCUUCUCUUCAAGGCCCUUGUACAUUGCUCACACCCACCCAAAGCUUCGCAAAUCAUCAGUCUUCAUUACCCCACAACAUCUCAGGCUCAGAUUCCUCUUUCUCUGUACCAUAAGCAUUGCUACUUCAAAUGAUUUCCUCUGCCAUGCUUCUCAUUAUUCUCUGCUUUAGCUUAAACUUGCAUGGAUUUGCUGGAGCAUACGGCAGCUGGCAAAAUGCACAUGCCACUUUCUAUGGUGGCGAUGAUGCCUCUGGCACAAUGGGAGGAGCAUGUGGCUACAGGAACUUGUAUAGUCAAGGGUAUGGAACAAAAACUGCAGCACUAAGCACGGCUUUGUUCAACAAUGGCCUGAGUUGUGGAGCAUGCUAUGAGAUGAGAUGCGAUGAUGAUCCCAAAUGGUGCCUCUCUGGCACCAUAACUGUCACUGCCACAAACUUCUGCCCUCCUAAUUUUGAUUUAUCUAAUGAUAAUGGUGGGUGGUGCAACCCUCCUCUCAAACAUUUUGAUUUGGCAGAGCCCGCCUUCUUGCAAAUUGCCCAAUAUCGAGCUGGAAUUGUGCCCGUUGUCUUUAGAAGGGUGGCAUGCGUGAAGAAAGGAGGCAUAAGAUUCACCAUCAAUGGUCACUCUUACUUCAACUUGGUGUUAAUCACCAAUGUGGGCGGUGCAGGAGAUGUUAACGCAGUGUCCAUCAAAGGGUCCAAGAUGAGGUGGCAAUCCAUGUCUAGAAACUGGGGCCAGAACUGGCAGAGCAACUCCUACCUCAAUGGACAAAGCCUGUCUUUCCAGGUCACCACCAGUGACGGUAGAACUGUGACAAGCUACAACGUGGUGCCUGCUAAUUGGCAGUUUGGUCAGACUUUCGAAGGAGGUCAAUUUUAGAAAUCCAGUUCUAAGGUAGAAUUAAUAAGGGUAGUAAAGAUACGUAUAUUUAGAUGCUACCUGCUUACUGAAUGAAGAGGCAGAUGAAAUCUGUAUGUAACAGUUGCUGGCUAGUGCUGUGACUUGUGAAUGAGUUGUGGUGGAGUAGAAAAUGCUGAGGUGACUAAAAAUGCGCCCGCACAUAUAUUAAAUUACUAUAUUCAUAAGUAUCAGUUCAGUUGUUAGCAUAUAUGGUAUUGGUUAUAUAUAUGAAGGCACUACAAUAAUAUACUAA